ACACACACACUCAUUAUCGCACUCAAUCACAAUCAAAGAAUUCACAACCUCAGAUUCAGAAAGCAGAAGAGCUAAACCAGAUAAGAUUCUGAUCUCCCACGCCUGAAAGUUGAUAAGAUGGAAUCAACAGUUGAAGAUAUUGUGAUUGUGGGAGCUGGAAUUGCAGGCCUUGCAACCUCCUUGGGACUUCACAGGCUAGGCGUCCGAAGUUUGGUUUUAGAAUCUUCAGACAAUUUGAGGGUCACAGGAUUUGCUCUCACAACAUGGACAAAUGCUUGGAAAGCUUUAGACACUCUUGGCAUUGGCCACAUCCUUCGUCAACAACACUUGCAACUUCUGGGAAAUGUCACUACUUCUCUGAUCACGGGACAACAAACAUCAACAACCGCUUUCGCCAAUGCCUCCGGAAAACAUGGGGCCCAUGAAGUUCGUUGUGUCAGACGGCAGUUACUGUUGGAAGCCCUUGCCAACGAGCUUCCAAGUGGCACCAUCAGGUACUCUUCAAAGGUGGUAGCUAUUGAGGAAUCUGGCCUCACUAAACUUGUUCAUCUUGCUGAUGGAACUGUCAUCAAGACUAAGGUACUGAUUGGGUCCGAUGGAGUGAACUCAAUAGUAGCAAAGUGGCUUGGUUUGAACAAAGCUGCCUUCUCAGGAAGAUCUGGAAUUAGAGGGUGCAUUACAUUAAAGAGUAGUCACAAUCUGGAACCCAGGUUCAUGCAGUUCUUUGGAAACGGUUAUAGAAAUGGUAUUAUUCCCUGUGACGACAAGACAGUUUAUUGGUUUUUUACUUGGGCUCCCACUGAACAAGAAAAGAAGCUGCAAGAGGACCCGGCUAAAAUGAAGCAAUUUGUGUUAGAGAAGCUGAAGAAUAUACCUAGUGAAGCUAGAAACUUCAUAGAAAAUACUGAUUUGGAUGAUAUCUUAUCAUCUCCAUUGCGAUAUAGACAUCCUUGGGAACUAGUAUUUGGAAAUAUCAAUAAAAGCAACGUGUGUGUUGCUGGAGAUGCAUUCCACCCUAUGACCCCUGAUCUUGGCCAAGGUGGGUGUUGUGCUUUAGAAGAUGGGGUUGUUUUAGCUCGGUGUCUUGGUGAGGUCUUUUGCACAAAAUCAGGUGGAGAUAACAGAAACAAGAACGGAGAACAAGAGGAGGAACAAUACAAGAGGAUUGAGGCGAGCUUGAAAAAAUAUGCCGAUGAGAGACGAUGGAGAAGCGCAAAUAUCAUCUUUGCGGCUUAUAUGUCAGGCAUUAUUCAGCAGGGUAAAUCCAAAUUGGUCUCCUUUUGCAGAGACAAGUUUCUGGCUGCAUACCUAGCUGGUUUUCUAUUAAAGGCAGCUGAUUUUGAUUGUGGAAAGCUAAGCAGCUCUUAGAUAGAGUAAUUUAGAUCCUCUAAAGUUGAUGAUACUUUUUGUUGAAGUUUAACACAAUGUACUUGUAUCAUAAGUUCACUUACUUAUGCAGGCAAGACAAAAAAUUAUCUGAGUGGACAGAUCUGAGUCAUUAAUAGAUCCAGCAAUGAUUGUGUAAAAUGGUCAUCAAUAAGCUUGAAGAUCAUAUGUUUGUAUGUAUGUGAUGUCAGUUUUCCUCCCAUUUUAGGCCUUACUAUGUAAAGAAUUGUCCACGAUCCUUUGAUCUUGAAUUUUGCACUUAAUGAUUGUUUUUCAGUU